AUGGCAUUGAGAUAUAACAGAAACACUACAGAGGGCCUUGUCAAAAACGAAAACGAAACGAGAUGCAAACCAGACCUUGGCGAUAACGUCUACGUCGUGGCUAAACUGUGGAAGGGGGACAUUGCCAUUUACUUUCGAGAUUUUGCCAUCCUACUCAACUCUGGAAUGUCUCUGAAGAAGGCGUUGCUAUUCAACUUCCUGUCGGCCUGCACGUGUUUCCUGGGCCUGGUGUUUGGUAUACUACUUGGGGGCAUGACUGGAGCUCAUCACUACGUGUUCGGAGUGGCCGGCGGAAUGUUCCUCUACAUAUCACUGGCAGAUAUGAUGCCAGAAAUGAAUGCUGUCGAAAUUACGAACGACAAAUCGUUUGGAACAGUGACGAUAUUCAUACUACAAAAUCUUGGACUUCUUUCUGGCUAUAGUGUAAUGCUUGUCAUGGCAGUGUACGGUAGUGAGAUCAAGUUUUAAUGAUAUUUUAAGUAUUACAUGGAACUAAACAAUUGCCAAAUCUUUUAGACAGGUAUUGCAUAUUACACACUCAAUUAUAUAAUAUAUAUAGGAUGGUAAAGCCGGGCUCGCACUGAAAUGAAUUUUGGUUUAGCCAAUUUUCAGAAUAUUUUCUUGCAAAUGAUUAAAAUGUAAUUAAAAUUUAAGGAAUAUUUUAUAAGACAAAGACGAAAUGUUGUAGCCACUUUGUAUAAAAAUUACCAAUUGGCUAAUUUGGCAACGCACAGGAAGAGCCCUGGUAAAAUUAUUGGCAAAGAAAUAAUGACUUUGUGCUAAAUUGGCUGUGUAUGUCUCUAAAU